UACCCAACAACAACGAGGCUUUAAUAACAUUGAUAACGCGUCUCUUAUCACAUCGACUCCAAUCAAACAAUUGCCGUUUAGCCACUCACAUCGUCACUUUUCUCACAAACAAUAAAAUGAACAAAUCUGCAGACAUGGAACCCGUUGAAAUAUCAAAGCCGGAUGAUAUGUUGAGCAACAGACUCGACAAGUUGACAAAACAUUUCGUGUCGAGGUUCAACUACAAACCGCAAUUUUUCACAAGAGUACCCGGGAGGGUCAAUUUGAUUGGGGACCAUGUCGACUACUGCGGGUACCCGGUCUGUCCCAUGGCGAUUGAGCAAGACGUUCUCUUGGCAGUUGGAAAGUCAAAUUCCACUGGCCUGCACUUGACUAAUGUCGAGAGCGACAAAUAUCCCGACUACGAUUGCGAUUCUCUGAGCGAUUGCGGAGACGUUUUGAAGAAGACCAAAGAGCCUCGUUGGUAUAAAUAUUUUAUAUGCGGAGUCGUGGGCGCUCUGGAGGAAAUAACUGGAGAUAGAUCUCAAGGUAUCGAUGUCGCAGUUUGGGGAAAUAUUCCACCGGCUUCGGGUUUGUCCAGCUCGAGUGCUGUCGUAUCCUCAGCGGUCCUCGCUAUGACUCAUGCCUUUGAUUGUCCAAUGUCAAAAAAAAACUUAGCUCUAUUGAGUGCCAGGGCAGAACGACACAUCGGGACCCAAGGUGGAGCAAUGGACCAAGCGAUUGCAUUCCUGGCAAAUUCAGGUGCUGCCAAGUUGAUAGAAUUCAACCCGCUGAGAACGACAGAUGUCAGACUGCCCGAGGACGCGGUCUUCGUUAUCGCCAACAGCAUGGCCGAGUUCAAUAAGGCCGCCACAGCUGAGUUCAACACUCGCGUACGUGAAUGUAAGUCAGCUGCGCAAAUUAUCGCCAAGGAGAAGUUGGAGAAGUGGGAUAAUGUCAAGACAAUCGGCGAUCUGCAGAAGGAACUCGGGACCUCUUUGUCCGAGACCUUGGAGAUAGCGAAAAAAAUUCUGGUUGACUACCCGACGCUUUUCAAACGAAUCCAGCAUGUUCUGAGCGAGGCCGACAGAGUCCUGGAGUUCAAAAGCGUCUGCCAGAGUUCAAAAGACGGCCAAUUGAUUCGGUUGGGAAAGUUAAUGAAUGAAAGCCAUCAAAGUCUACGGGAUCUCUAUGAGUGCAGUCAUAAAUCCGUCGACCUGCUUGUGGAAAUGGCUCUGGAGUGCGGAGCUCUGGGGGCAAGAAUUACUGGCGCUGGUUGGGGAGGCUGCGCCGUGGCCUUGACGACCAAAGAUAAGGUAGAGAGCUUCGUCAAGGAUCUCAAACAGAAAUUCAUAGCAAUCAACGGAGCGAAAGCGGAUCAGGUCGAAAACGCAAUUUUUGUUACGGAACCCCGAGCAGGUGCUGCCAUUUAUGAAACUCGUAUGUGAAAUUACCUACGGGGAAUUUGAGAGUUUAUUGUUUGUAUGAUUUAAUUUAUAGGGGACAUAUUUUUAUAUUUAUAUUAGUAAAUAUAUUAGCUCAAUUAUUAAAUUAUAUUUUUUGAAAUUUAUUGGGUAAUAAAAACACUAUUGAUAAU